AUGAAGUUCUCAGUCCUCGGCUCUCUAGCCCUGGCCGCCAUCGCCGCCGCCGACCUCUUCGACGACUCCACCGAGGAGCUCAAGCUCGACAUGGACGACGUGCCCAUGUCCUGCAAGACUAUCUGCAACCCCAUCGCCACGCUGUCCGAGCAGUGCGACGUCGACCUCGGCCUCGGCAAGGGCAAGGACGAGGACCUCCUCCACAACCAGUGCGUCUGCACCAACACGAGCUUCAAGGUCGGCGAGAUCGCCGCCGAGUGCGCCGACUGCAUGCACCAGCACGUCAAGGCCAAGCGCAGCCUCGGCAACCACGACGAUGAUGACGACAUUGACUCGGAUGAUGUCAAGGACAUUGAUCGCCUGAUCUCCGGCUGCGGCUUCACGUCAACCCACUACAACCCGACCAUGGCCGCCGCUGCUGCUACCAUCACGGUCGAUGCCACGGCGCCCUCGCACAAGGACCAACUCACCACAACCAUCAAGGGCACCCACAACGCCGCCGCUCCCACCGCCAUUCCCGGCUACAUGUACGCCGGUGCUGCUGCCGCUGCCGCUGCCGCCUUGCUAUAA